CCUGCACGCAGAAACCUCGGCGAAGGAGGGCCUGUUGCUAUGGUGCCAGAGAAAGACUGCCCCCUACAGGAACGUCAAUGUGCAGAACUUCCACAUCAGCUGGAAGGACGGCCUGGCGCUGUGCGCUCUCAUUCACAGACACAGACCCGACCUCAUCGAUUACUCCAAACUGAGAAAGGAUGACCCUAUCGGAAACCUGAACACUGCUUUCGAAGUGGCUGAGAAAUACCUGGAUAUCCCCAAGAUGCUUGACGCAGAAGAUAUUGUGAACACCCCCAAACCCGACGAGAAAGCUAUCAUGACCUAUGUCUCCUGCUUCUACCAUGCCUUCGCUGGAGCUGAGCAGGCUGAGACAGCCGCCAACAGGAUCUGCAAGGUGCUGGCCGUGAACCAGGAGAACGAGAAGCUGAUGGAGGAGUACGAGAAGCUGGCCAGCGAGCUCCUGGAGUGGAUCCGCCGCACCAUCCCCUGGCUGGAGAACCGCGUGGCGGAGCAGACCAUGCGCGCCAUGCAGCAGAAGCUGGAGGACUUCCGGGACUACCGCCGCGUCCACAAGCCGCCCCGCGUGCAGGAGAAGUGCCAGCUGGAGAUCAACUUCAACACCCUGCAGACCAAGCUGCGCCUCAGCAACCGGCCCGCCUUCAUGCCCUCGGAGGGCAAGAUGGUCUCGGACAUCGCCAACGCCUGGAAGGGGCUGGAGCAGGUGGAGAAGGGCUACGAGGAGUGGCUGCUGACCGAGAUCAGGCGGCUGGAGAGACUCGACCACCUGGCGGAGAAGUUCAAGCAGAAGUGUGCCCUGCACGAGACCUGGACCAGGGGUAAGGAGGAACUGCUGUCGCAGAAGGACUACGAGUCGGCCUCGCUGAUGGAGAUCCGCGCCCUGAUGAGGAAGCACGAGGCCUUCGAGAGCGACCUGGCCGCGCACCAGGACAGAGUGGAGCAGAUCGCCGCCAUCGCCCAGGAGCUCAACGAACUGGACUACCACGAUGCCGCCACUGUGAAUUCCCGCUGCCAGGGCAUCUGCGACCAGUGGGACAAUCUAGGCACCCUCACCCAGAAGAGGAGAGAUGCGCUGGAGCGCGUGGAGAAGCUGUGGGAGACGAUCGACCAGCUGUACCUGGAGUUCGCCAAGAGGGCGGCGCCCUUCAACAACUGGAUGGACGGGGCCAUGGAGGACCUGCAGGACAUGUUCAUCGUGCACAGCAUCGAGGAGAUCCAGAGCCUGAUCACAGCCCACGAGCAGUUCAAGGCCACCCUGCCCGAGGCCGACAAGGAGCGCAUGGCCACCAUGGGCAUCCACAGCGAGAUCCUGAAGAUUGCCCAGACCUACGGCAUCAAGCUCUCCGGCAUCAACCCCUACACCAACCUCUCCUCGCAGGACAUCAGCAACAAGUGGGAGGCGGUCAAACAGCUGGUUCCUCUCAGAGACCAAAUGCUGCAGGAGGAGCUGGCCCGGCAGCAGGCGAACGAGAGACUCCGGCGCCAAUUCGCCGCCCAGGCCAAUGUCAUCGGGCCCUGGAUCCAAACCAAGAUGGAGGAAAUCGGACACAUCUCUGUGGAGAUGGCGGGAUCGCUGGAGGAGCAGAUGAACCAGCUGAAGCAGUACGAGCAGAACAUCAUCAACUACAAGUCCAACAUCGACAAGCUGGAGGGAGACCACCAGCUCAUCCAGGAGGCCCUGAUCUUCGACAACAAGCACACCAACUACACCAUGGAGCACAUCCGCGUGGGCUGGGAGCAGCUGCUGACCACCAUCGCUCGCACCAUCAACGAGGUGGAGAACCAGAUCCUGACCCGCGACGCCAAGGGCAUCAGCCAGGAGCAGCUGAACGAGUUCAGGGCCUCCUUCAACCACUUCGACAGGAAGAGGAACGGCAUGAUGGACCCCGACGACUUCCGCGCCUGCCUCAUCUCCAUGGGCUACGACCUGGGUGAGGUGGAGUUUGCCCGCAUCAUGACCCUGGUGGACCCCAACAACACGGGCGUGGUGACCUUCCAGGCCUUCAUCGACUUCAUGACCCGCGAGACGGCCGAGACCGACACCGCCGAGCAGGUCAUGGCCUCCUUCAAGAUCCUGGCGUCCGACAAGUCCUACAUCACCGUGGAGGAGCUGCGCCGGGAACUGCCCCCCGAGCAGGCCGAGUACUGCAUCAGCCGGAUGACCAAGUACGUGGGCACCGACGCCCAGCCGGGCGCCCUGGACUACAUCUCCUUCUCCAGCGCCCUCUACGGGGAGAGCGACUUGUAAACAGGCCUUCGGCCCCGCCCCCACUCCCGUGCCCCGCCCACCAGCCCCCUUUCUGCUCCGCCCACCCAUUGUAGCCCCACCCCCAGCCCAUCCCCCUUCCCUCCCACAGCUCCGCAGCACACACCCAGGGGAGGGAGCGGAGGUCUUGGUCGGAUCGCCGGCCUGGAUUAGACUUGUCAGACGUGCGCAGGGAGAGCCUCUCCGCUGGGGACACGCUCCUAGAC